ACCGGCGCCCGCCUCCCGCCGCCGCGACGGGCGGGGCGCGAGACCUCGGGGCGCUUCGGGGGCUGCGAUCGCGGUCUGAGGAACCGUGUGGGUGACGCGUCCCCGAGGAUCCCCAAGCGGGGAACGGGCCGAGAUCCAGGAUGAGAAGACUGAAUAAAGAAGAAGCUAGCUGAACAGCUAUAAAAUGCCCAAACCUGGGUUCACAAAAGCAAUUCAGAGUGAAAAUUCUGACAGUGACAGCAAUAUGGUAGAGAAACCAUAUGGAAGAAAGAGUAAAGAUAAGAUUGCAUCCUACAGCAAAACUCAAAAAAUUGAUCGAAGCGAUGUGGGCAAGGAAAUAAAAGAGAAAUCAUCCAUGAAACGUAAACUUCCUUUUACCAUUAGCCCAACAAGGAAUGAAGAACGAGAUUCAGACACAGAUUCAGACCCAGGACAUACAAGUGAAAAUUGGGGGGAGAGACUUAUAUCUUCUUACAGGACAUACUCAGAGAAAGAAGGUCCAGAAAAGAAGAAAACAAAAAAGGAAGCUGGAAAUAAGAAAUCCACACCAGUGAGCAUUCUUUUUGGUUAUCCACUCUCUGAGCGAAAGCAGAUGGCCCUUCUCAUGCAGAUGACCGCAAGAGACAACAGUCCAGAUUCCACACCGAACCACCCAUCACAGACAACACCAGCCCAAAAGAAAACUCCCAGUUCUUCAUCUCGACAAAAAGAUAAAGUUAAUAAAAGGAAUGAACGUGGUGAAACUCCUCUACACAUGGCCGCUAUUCGUGGUGAUGUGAAACAAGUCAAAGAAUUAAUAAGCUUAGGGGCAAAUGUGAAUGUGAAAGAUUUUGCAGGUUGGACACCACUGCAUGAAGCUUGCAACGUUGGGUAUUAUGAUGUUGCCAAGGUGCUGAUUGCUGCCGGGGCCGAUGUCAACACACAGGGACUGGAUGAUGACACUCCGCUCCAUGACUCCGCUAGCAGUGGGCACAGAGACAUAGUGAAACUGUUGCUUCGUCAUGGCGGAAACCCAUUUCAAGCUAAUAAACAUGGAGAGCGGCCAGUGGAUGUCGCAGAAACGGAGGAGUUGGAGUUGCUGCUGAAGAGAGAGGUGCCUUUGUCCGAUGAUGAUGAAAGUUACACAGAUUCUGAAGAGGCUCAGUCUGUAAAUCCUUCUAGUGUUGAUGAAAAUAUUGACUCUGAAACAGAGAAGGAAUCUCUCAUCUGUGAAAGUAAACAGGUUGUUCCCAGUAAAGCACCUCUGCCAUCAGCCCUUGAUGAGUAUGAGUUCAAAGAUGAUGAUGAAGAAGAAAUAAACAAAAUGAUUGAUGACAGGCAUAUUCUCAGAAAAGAACAACGAAAAGAGAAUGACUCAGAAGCAGAAAAAAGUAGUUUAUUCACAAAACAAGAAAAAGCCUUCUAUUCUAAAUCAUUUAAAAGUAAAAAACAAAAACCAUCUAGGGUUCUAUAUUCAAGUACUGAAAGCUCUGAUGAAGAAGUUCUUCAGAGCAAAAAGAUUUCUACCGCAUCUUGUGUGCCUGAAACAUCAAAUUCUGAUACACAAACCAAAAAGGAAUAUGAAUACAAGCAGAAGGGCAAGGUUAAAAGGAAGUUAAAAAACCAGAACAAAAAUAAAGAGAACCAAGAGCUGAAACAAGAAAAAGAGGGGAAAGAAAAUACCAGAGUAACAAACUUGACAGUUAAUGCUGCACUAGAUUGUUCAGAAAAGACCAGAGAGGAGGGGAAUUUUAGAAAAUCUUUUAGCCCAAAAGAUGAUUCUUCCUUACAUUUAUUUCAUAUUUCCACUGGUAAAUCUCCCAAACAUUCUUGUGGAUUAAGUGAGAAACAGUCAGCACCACUAAAACAAGAACAUACUAAAACAUGUUUAUCACCAGGAAGUUCUGAAAUGUUACAGCCUGAUCUUGUGCGGUAUGAUAAUGCAGAAUCCGAAUUCUUGCCUGAAAGCUCAAGUGUUAAAUCUUACAAGCAUAAGGAAAAAAAUAAACAUCAGAAAGACUUCCACUUAGAAUUUGGUGAAAAAUCAAAUGCCAAAAUAAAGGAUGACGAUCAUAACCCCACAUUUGAAAAUUCAGACUGUACAUUGAAAAAAAUGGAUAAAGAAGGUAAAACAUUAAAAAAACAUAAGUUAAAACAUAAAGAGAGGGAAAAAGAAAAACACAGAAAGGAAAUUGACAGUGAAAAGGAAAAAUACAAAAAUAAGGAUGGUGCUAAAGAACUGCAAAGGAGUGUGGAAUUUGAUAGAGAAUUUUGGAAAGAGAAUUUUUUUAAAAGUGAUGAAACUGAAGAUCUACUUCUAAAUAUGGAACAUGAGUCCCUAACAUUAGAAAAAAAGUCAAAAUUGGAAAAAAGCGUAAAAGAUGAGAAAUCAACUAAGGAAAAGCAUGUUUCAAAAGAGAAGAAUUUUAAAGAAGAACGAGAAAAGAUUAAAAAGGAAAAUGAGAAAUCUUUUAAGGAAGAAAAGGUAAAAGAUUUGAAAGAAGAAAGAGACAGCAUACCCACAGAUAAAGAAAUAGAAUUUAGUUCUUUGGGUAUAAGUGUGAAUGAGGAAUCUGUAGGACUUCAUUCAUUGGAAAAGGAAAUAGAUACUGAAAAACAAGAAAAACAUACAAAAGAAAGUAAGGAAAAAUCUGAGAAACGAUUUCAAACUAAGGACAUUGAGAAGACUGAAAGAAAAAGCUCUGAAAAAGAGAAGAAGAUAAAACAUGAGCACAGGUCAGAAAAAGACAAGCUAGAUUUUAGUGAAUGUGUCGAUAGAAUAAAAGAAAAGGAUAAACUGUACUCACAUCACCCAGAAAAAUGCCAUAAAGAAGGUGAGAAGACCAGAAAUACUCUGAGAAAAACUGAUGACAGAGAGAGGAGCAGAGAAAAGAUGGAGAGAAGACACGAGAAAGAAAAACCUGAAAAAGAGCGGCACCUGGCAGAGAGCAAAGAAAAACACAUAACAGAGAAAAAAAGCAAACAGUUAGAUAAUACUGAAUAUACUAAAUCAGAAAAAGGUAGAAGUAAAGAAAAAGAGAGGGAGUUAGAUAAAAAAGAAAAGGCUAGAGAUAAAGAAGGUAUAACUAACUCUAGACACUUACAAGAAGAGAAAAAGUCAGGUAUGAUAGACAGCUAUAGUAAAACACAACAUGAAAAAAUUUUCUCUCUUAAAGACAAGACAAAAGAUGAGCCUUUGAAAACUCCAGAUGGAAAAGAAAAAGAUAAAAAAGAUAGAGAUAUUGAUAGAUACAAAGAACGAGACAAACAUAAAGAUAAAAUCCAACUAAAUAGUUUACUCAGGCUAAAGUCUGAAGUGGAUAAGCCUAAACCUAAGUCAUCACCAGCAUCCAAAGAUACUCGCCCUAAAGAAAAGAGGCUAGUGAAUGAUGAUUUAAUGCAGACAAGUUUCGAACGAAUGCUAAGCCUUAAAGACCUAGAAAUAGAACAGUGGCACAAAAAACAUAAGGAAAAAAUUAAGCAGAAAGAAAAGGAAAGAUUAAGAAACCGUAAUUGUUUAGAACUUAAAGUAAAAGAUAAAGAAAAAAAACAUGGGCUAGCUGAACCAAAAAAUAAAGAACUUACUAGGUCCAAGAGUUCAGAAUUGACUGAUACUUAUACCAAGGAGAAACAAGCUAAAGAUGCUGUCAGCGGUCGAUCACAGUCUGUUGACACCAAAAAUGUAAUGAGUUUAGGCAAGUCAUCCUUUGUUUCAGACAGUAUUUUAAACAGAUCUCCUCGAUCAGAAGGUGAAAAGCCAGGUCUCAGCUCCAGGUCUGUAUCUAUGAUUUCUGUUGCUAGUUCAGAAGAUUCCUGCCAUACUACAAUGACAACCCCAAGGCCUCUUGCUGAAUACGAUUCUGACUUCAUGUUAGAAGGGUCAGAGUCCCAAAUGUCCUUUUCACAGUCACCUUUUUUGCCAGUUGCCCAAUCUCCAGCCCUUCAUGAAAGGGAGUUGGACAGCCUGGCUGAAUUGCCAGAGCGGAUUAAACCACCAUAUGCAAACAGACUGCCAGCAAGUCACCUGAGAGCAUCUUCUGUAGAAGAUGUCAAACUACUUAUAAGUGAGGGAAGACCUACUGUAGAAGUUCGAAGAUGUAGCAUGCCAUCUAUCACGUGUGAACAUAGCAAACAAUUCCAAACAUCAGAAGAAAGUAUUCAAGGUAGCUUAGCUGUGCCUAGGGAUAAUUGUUCUUCACCCAAACCCGAGCUAUCUUCAAAUGUGCCUGAAAGAGACCUUUCACAUGUGUCUAACAUACAUUCCUGUUUCACGGCGUCUCCAACUAGAUCUGCAAACAGCAAGUACAUUUCAGCUGAUGGAAAUGUAAUCAAGAGUACUGGUCCACUGGGCACUUCAGUGGACAGUCCUGUGCAUUUCGAGCCAUCCAAUCAGGUUGGUGUGAUCCAGAGUAAAUCCUGGGAGAUACCCGUGGAUAGACUAGAGCCAUUAAGCACCAAUGACUUUAUUUGUCCAAAUUCUAGUACAUCGGAUCAAGAAUUCUCUGUUCAGGGUUUUUGUAAUCCAGAAAAUAAAAUAUUGAAAGAACAGAAUUCCGAAUUUUUGUCCCUGCACCAGACUGAACUGGCAGGAAACUCUUGUGUUCAGGAUCCAGUGUCCUUUCUGUCUUCACAGCAGCCUUGCUCUUUCCCCAACCAGUCACUUUCAGAUGCUGAUUCUGUCUCUAAACAUACGUCUUUAUCAUAUGUUGCUGCUCAGGAGCUGGGUAUUUUACAGCAGAAAGAUGUAGUUCAAAUGAUCACUUCUGUUUCAGAUACCGAUAAUGAGUCAACAAAAGACGUGGAAAAUACUUUUGUCCUAGCAGAUGUUCAAAAGGCAGAUACUUUUAUCCCAUUAUAUUCUGAAAACACUAUUCAAGAAGCAUCACCAAACUUUGAGAAGGCUACUGUGUUGCCUGUGUUACAGUCAGAAAAGGAUUUUAAUGGAAGUGAUGGCCUCUCCCAGCUAAGUACACAUUCAUUUAACAAACUCACUUACAAGUCUUCCAGCAGCCAUGAAGUUGAGAGUAGUGCAGCUGAUAUUCAGGUUAUUUCACAUGAAAAAGAAAACAAACUGGAGAGUUUGUUUUCAGCUCAUUUGAAUAAGUAUGAGUCUGAUUUAUGUGAAAUGAACACAGGCAUGCCAAAGGGAAACCUAAAUGAACCUAAUCCAAAACGUCCAGAAAGUGAAAAAUGUCUGCUUUCCAUCGAAGAUGAAGAAUCUCAACAAAGCACUUUAUCCAGUCUGGAAAAUCACCCACAGCACUCAGCACAACCAGAAAUGCAUAAAUAUGGUCAGUUAGUUAAAGUAGAAUUAGAAGAAAAUGCUGAAGAUGAUAAAACAGAAAACCAAAUCCCUCAAAGAAUGACUAGAAACAAAGCAAACACAAUGGCAAAUCAAAACAAACAGAUUCUUGCUAGCUGUGCACUCUUACCAGAAAAGGACAGUGACUCAUCUCCUAGAGGAAGAAUAAGGUUAACUGAGGAGGAUGAUCCUCAGAUUCACCAUCCACGGAAAAGGAAGGUGUCGCGGGUACCUCAGCCUGUGCAGGUGAAUCCUUCUUUACUACAAGCAAAGGAGAAGACCCAACAAUCUCUGGCAGCCAUCGUGGAUUCUCUGAAGCUAGAUGAGAUUCAGCCAUAUAGUUCAGAGAGGGCAAAUCCAUAUUUUGAAUACUUGCACAUAAGGAAAAAAAUUGAAGAAAAGCGCAAGUUACUGUGUAGUGUUAUUCCUCAAGCGCCUCAGUAUUAUGAUGAAUAUGUAACAUUUAAUGGAUCCUAUCUUCUGGAUGGAAACCCCUUAAGCAAGAUUUGUAUUCCCACGAUUACACCACCACCUUCACUGUCGGAUCCACUUAAAGAGCUUUUUCGGCAGCAGGAAGUUGUAAGGAUGAAAUUGCGUUUGCAACACAGUAUUGAAAGGGAAAAACUGAUUGUGUCCAACGAACAGGAGGUUCUGCGAGUUCAUUACCGAGCAGCAAGAACACUGGCAAAUCAAACACUGCCGUUCAGUGCUUGCACUGUCUUGCUGGACGCGGAAGUAUACAACGUGCCCUUGGAUUCUCAGUCUGAUGACAGUAAAACUUCGGUGAGAGAUCGCUUUAAUGCAAGACAGUUCAUGUCUUGGUUACAGGAUGUGGAUGACAAAUUUGACAAAUUAAAGACCUGUCUUUUAAUGAGGCAACAACAUGAAGCUGCGGCUUUAAAUGCCGUCCAGAGAUUAGAAUGGCAGCUCAAACUCCAGGAACUUGACCCUGCCACCUAUAAAUCUAUCAGCAUUUACGAAAUCCAGGAGUUCUAUGUUCCCCUUGUUGAUGUUAAUGACGACUUUGAAUUGACUCCCAUAUAGCAGCCACUACUUGUGAUGGUCUCACCCAGCUGACUACUCGCGCACUCCACACUGUGGAAAGCUGCUUCUGACACACACUGAAUGAUGCCUUUACAGCUGGUCAGGUUGGAAUGAAGUCGGCUGUGUAGUGAACACUGUCGUUUUGUAAGAAAUGGAGAGAAAUAUUUUGGAUCUUGGGUCCAAAGACAGUUUCCAACAGAAAACUAUUAUUUAUACUGGUGAAAGGAAACUAUUGCAUUAGAGCAUGUUGGUCGACUGAGUAGAUAUUUGAAAAGUUGAGAUCACCUGCUAACAGCGCUGGGAGUUGUUAGCACUCUUAAAUAACAAAAUAACCACUAGUAUUCGAAUUUCUUUCAGGUUUUAUUAAAAAAUGUAUCAGUAAAAUAAAAGAUUCACUUCCUACCAAAUAGUUUCUAACAUGGAAGAAAAACUUGGCACAAAAUUUCUCCCGUUUAUUAUAUCUGUAAAUUAAAUGUACAGUUUACUUUUUGGAAGUUUUAAUAUUGUCUUCCUUUUUAAUAACUUAUUUUAUACAUAUUGUGCAAAUGUACAUCUUGUAAUUAAUGGUCAAAAUGUAUACAAAGGGAUCGAUAGUCAAAACUUGUACAAAAAAAGCUGUAAAACUGUUUUGUCUAAUGUUUUAUUGGACCAAAGUUGUAGUUUGUAUGGCGUGUAAUAGCCGUGUGUUCAGGUAGCGACACUUUUCUAAGGCAUGCGUGAGUUUGCGUUAGCGCGUUUCCAUCGCCAUCCCUGUAAAGCCUGUAACUGAGUUGUACUGCAUGCAGUCUAUGAUCUAACUCUGUCCAUAGUUGAUGCCUGGAACAGUGUGAGGGGUUCCACACCAGUCUCCUGUGGUAGAUGCAGCGGCUUCCUGUGUGGCACCUCGCUUAGAAUUAGUCAUGCAGAGAAACAGCUCUUUCUCCUCUCAGAGUAGAGUCUGUUUCCCCUGGAACGAAAACAAAAAAUGCCUUUGAACGAAAAUUCUGAAAUUGUAAAUGUCUAUUUUAAUACUCAUCUAUGAAAGAAUUUGUGAAUAUAUGUAAAUAUGUUUAAUAAAUUUUAUUGGUCAUGCUAAAUCAUUGUAAAACUUUUUUACAUUGCUUAAAUUUAAUGUUUUAAGCUUAAUAGCCUUUGCACUUUUAAUAUAAAAACUGAGUACUUAAAAAAGAUAUUGGGUAGUCAGAAUAAGUAAAAGAUUUAGGAAUAUUCCAAUCAAUCUCUGAAAUGUUUAUGAAAAAAUGAUUACUAUGUUGUAUUUUUCCUUGUAUCAAGAAGCAAAUCAUAUAAUUUGCAAAAUUUUAUAAUUAAGAUUUGGUGUUGUUUUAUAAUAAAAUAAUUAGCAUUAUACUUAGAAAAAGUCUUUUCUCCUAUAACAUGAUCUAGGUUAAAUAUUCAGGAGUAGUUCAGAUCCAAAACCUGGGGUUGAACUUGCAAAACAUUUUAAAAGGAAGACUAAUGUAAAAAUCCAUCACAAAUCUGUGAUACAAAAUUUACCAAACUUUCCACAGUGCUUUCUUGAAUUAUUAAAUAUUGGAUGUUUUCCAUGCAGAUAGAGAAAAGUUCAAAUGUAUACGGAAUGGAGUAGUUUAAAUUUAGCUUGCAAGUUGGAAAUCCCAGCUAAUGGGACAGAAUGUAGAAGUUUUUCAGUGCAAAGGUACAUAUUAAGCUUAGGGAUUUUUGCAUUUUUACAUCGAUUUCUAUUUUCAUUCUUACUAUACUUGGCAUGCGCAAUAAAGCAGCACAUGUGAAAACACACAGUGCAAGGACUUUAUUAUAAAGGUUGGAUGUAGUUUUCUUUAGAAAUUUAGGUAAGAGAUUUGGCCUUUUUUGUUGGACGCAUUGGGCCAGAAAGGCAGGGUAGAUUCUGAAGCACUGGUUUUGUUGAAGUUAAGUUAUUAAGGCUGGGAACAUUAAAAGCUAAUUUAUAAAAGCAAUACUUUCUAAUAUGAAAAACUUAAUGCAAAGUUUGUUUAUACUUUUGCUUAAAAGGAAAUGUGAUGGGGUGUGUGGCAAAUCAUUAAAAAUUAAAAGCCAGGUUAUUGAGGAUUGAUGUGAUAGGAAAUAAGAGAGAAGUCAGUGUCUAGAGCAUUUUGUUGCAAUGGUCCAAGCAGCGCCAGGGCCUGUGGAGAAGCACAUGAGUGCGCAGGAAGCUGGUGCCCGGGACUCCCCCACCCUGUGGGAUUCACCUCAGGCCCCACCGGCUUCCUGGGCACCUCGACAGCUGGAGCUCCACAGGCUUCUGCUUCCACAGAUGCCUCUGCACAGGCCCGGCACCAGCACACCUGCCUCCAGGAGCUCUGUGCUCUCCUUGGAAAUGCACAGUCAAGUAAGUAAUUCAGGGCUCUGACGCUAAAGGUACUAUGCUCUGAAAUGCUGGGGGAAAACUUGGUGUAUGCCUAAGAGGUGUGGAUUUUGAAAGAAAAGUAAAAGAUGGUCAGUUUAAUCAGUGAUUCUUUUUAAGCUAUUCAGAUAUCAUGAACAAGAUACUAAAUUGUACCUAAGGAUUUGUAUUACAUUAAAUCUUGUUCUAAAUCGUACCUGUUUAAUAAAUGACUAGUUGAUAUUUGUGCAUGUUAUUUAAUAAAGAGUUAUAUUUUUAUAGAAAAA